AGAAAUCUAGUGAGGUCAGAAGUGUUUCCGGUGUUAACAGAGCUUCGUGGGCUCCGGAGAGGCGGCUGAGAAGAGUGGAGACUUUGUCCCACAGACUCUUGACACCAUGAACAUAUUUGAUCGGAAGAUCAACUUUGAUUCGCUCUUAAAAUUUUCCCAUAUAACCCCCUCCACACAGCAGCACCUGAAGAAGGUCUAUGCCAGUUUUGCCCUCUGCAUGUUUGUGGCGGCUGCGGGGGCCUAUGUCCAUGUGGUCACUCAUUUCAUUCAGGCUGGCCUGCUCUCUGCCCUGGGAAAGAAACUAGCUCAGGAGUGGUCCAAAGCCUGUACCCCUCCUUAAUCCUUUUCGGUAAGACUGGGACUUCUUGCUGGAUUUGCUUUCCUUACAGGGGUUGGCCUGGGCCCUGCUCUGGAGUUUUGCAUUGCCAUCAACCCCAGCAUCAUUCCCACUGCCUUCGUGGGCACAGCACUGAUAUUCACCUGCUUCACCCUGAUUGCUCUCUAUGCCAGACGCCGUAGUUACCUCUUUUUGGGAGGUAUAUUGAUGUCAGCCAUGAGCCUGAUGCUCUUGUCUUCCCUGGGGAACCUUUUCUUUGGAUCCAUUUGGCUUUUCCAGGCAAACUUGUAUUUGGGGCUGAUGGUCAUGUGUGGCUUUGUCCUUUUUGAUACUCAACUCAUUAUUGAAAAGGCUGAAAAUGGAGAUAAGGAUUAUAUCUGGCACUGUGUUGACCUCUUCUUAGACUUCGUUACUCUCUUCAGAAAACUCAUGAUGAUCCUGGCUAUGAAUGAGAAGGACAAGAAGAAAGAGAAGAAGUGAAAUGAAAUGACCAUCCAGCCUUUCCCAUUUUGGCUUCCACUCCCUCCGCCCCCUCAUUUUCUCUUUGCACACAUUACAGGUGGCGUGUUCUGUGAUAAUGAAAAGCAUCAGAAAAGCUUU